GUCCAAUAAGCAGCGGAGGUUCAGGCUCCUGUAGGCGGUGCUGAGCUCCAGGAGGAGCCGCUCACCAAUCAGGACCCGGAGGUCUGAAGCAGCGUCACACUUACACAGCCGCUCCGACACUUUAAGAGCAGCGUGUCUCCUCUUCUCGCUACUAUUUUCUCCUGAUCAGAGAAAGAAGAAGAGAUGGCAAGAACCAAGCAGACCGCCCGUAAAUCUACCGGAGGCAAAGCCCCCAGAAAGCAGCUGGCCACCAAGGCUGCCCGUAAGAGCGCCCCGGCCACCGGCGGCGUCAAGAAGCCUCACCGUUACAGGCCCGGUACCGUGGCUCUCAGAGAGAUCCGCCGCUACCAGAAAUCCACCGAGCUGCUGAUCCGCAAGCUGCCCUUCCAGCGCCUGGUCAGAGAAAUCGCUCAGGAUUUCAAGACCGACCUGCGCUUCCAGAGCUCCGCUGUCAUGGCUCUGCAGGAGGCCAGCGAGGCUUACUUGGUCGGCCUGUUCGAGGACACCAACCUGUGCGCCAUCCACGCCAAGAGGGUCACCAUCAUGCCCAAAGACAUCCAGCUGGCUCGUCGUAUCCGUGGAGAGAGAGCUUAAACUGUCUGCUGCUCCACAACCCAAUAACGGCUCUUUUCAGAGCCACAUCACUCUCACUAAAAAGCCGCUUCCUCUGCUGUCUUUACACCAUCAACAUUUUAUUUUAUUUUUAUGCAUCGAUUCCAAUCUGUUCUGUAUCAUGUUUUGGUGCUAUCAGUCCCCUUGUACUCGCAUACAUUUUAACUUAAACUUUAAUUGUGGUUACAGAACCUGCCAGGCUACGUCACACCAAUACGUUCACAUUAAUUGUAUUUUCAAAUGGCAGCUAAAACUGAAAAAGAUUUUUAGUGAAGUCGGGGAUGGCACAAUCUAAAACUGUCAUCAAAAGUGAGAAAUUACUGAUGGUUAUAUAAUUUUAGAGCUAGGAUACAAUUAUAGCUACAUCACAUUUUAUCUAAAGCUUUAUUUCAUCAAUUAUGUGAAAAUCCAUGUGAUAAGUGUUGAAAGGGCGUCCUCUGGUGGGCAGUGUCUCUUAGUAACCUGCACAGUAGAAGUCAGAGGGGAAGAGUGAGGAUCACAGCUGCUCAGAAAACUGUUGAGACUGCAGUUUAGUGUUAUGUGUUUGCAAGUUAAAGAAGAAACUGACCAGUUUAUUUAGAUAAUGAAUCUGUUUUAGUAGUUUUCUGGUUAAAUGGUGUCACCAGUGCGGUUUCCUCCUUAAUUGACUGAUAAUGUCUGCACUUUGUGCUUGCUGUGUGUUAUAGUCUUCAUUUAGUUUGGUCAACAUGUCUAAGUUCUGGUUAUUGAUCUCUGUGUAAGAAGUGUUUAGAACAGUGGCAGUAAUAAUAGUUCUAGUAGGUGUGGUGUGCUAUUGAAGUGUGUGUUGUAAGAUAUGUAGAUAUAGUGCAUCACAUCCUUUGGUUUGAGGUUAUUAUGGAAAGAAUUGUGAUCCUCAUUUACCCAUAAGGUCUGCUUGUUAUUACUGAACAAUAAGUGACUAUAAUACACAAUGUAAAUGUAUUCCCUCAUGUUUUCUAUUAUUUCCUUCAGUAGCACAUAACAGGAGUGUCUGCUGAUUGGUGGCAGUUAAUCGAUAAACCCACUGAACCAUAAUUUACCAAAUUCUCG